CGGAUCCGCUCAGCCCGUCUCGUUUAUGCGCAUGCGCGAACGUGGUUAUAAAUGGACCGCUUAUGACGCAGCGCGCGUCAGUCUUCGUCAGUCGUCGAAUCGUCGCAGUACGGGAAGGAUCGCGAUAGAGUCUACACGCGGAAAAGCGAAGAACGAAAGAGCGUUAAUCGCGAGUUAAUCGAGCACGGAAGUAGAGAGACGGGGCGGACGCACGCAUCGUGCGUCCUCGAGAUCGCUGUCAUUACGCGUUACUCGCCACGGCGUCGACGGUGCCUUUGUGUCAACCCGACGCUAUGAAAUAACGACGGUCCGUAGCGAAUCAACGAGGAGGCAGGCAGCGGCGGCCUCCUAAUUCCAAGCGUCCGUACUCAGUCCUCAGUGUAGGCUAGUCGGUCGCUCGACGAUCCAUUGUCACGAUUUUUCCAAACAUUUCAUCACCACGACUCCUCAUUAUCAUCGCGCAGACGAAUCUACGACGCAGUGACGUAUGCACAUAGGCACAUAUGACGAGGGCUGCUUCGCGCCGAAAUCUCUCUCUAUAUCAUAAUCUGGACUAUGAACGUCAUUGUUAGCGAUAACAUCGUCUUCUCGAUACAGCACAGCGUGAUAAGCCCUUUUAAAUAGCGGCUGUCCAUUCGUCGCGGUGAGGUUAGUUCCGGAAAGAGCGGCGAUACGUUUCGAUCACCGGCUUCGUAGCAUUUCAAGGUUUCUUGUUCACGGAUAGUUUUCAAGGUCGAAUCACGAGGAAUCUCGAAAGUCGAGACAUUAACGUUGAUUUCGCGUUCCCGUCCGCGUUGACACGAGGAUCUUGACGAAACGAGAGAGAAAGAAAGAGAGGAACACGCAACAACAAACAUGGCUGCUGCAUCAUACGCGUGCUUUGUCAACUGCACGGACGCGGGAGAUUUUUCGUGUGACAUUUCCGGAGGAACGGACGCAUGGUCUUUAUGGCACGAGAUCGUCGGAUAUUUAUCCUACAAUCCAUGGAUAUUCUCUCUACUGGGCAGCACCAUGGUCGGCCUCACCGGCAUCUUCCCCUUGUGGCUCAUCCCCAUUCAGGAUGGCGUCGAUCUUAAAACAGACGAAAACGGCAGCAGUUUAAAGAUUCUUUUGAGCUUUGCCAUGGGUGCAUUAUUGGGUGAUGUUUUUCUACAUCUUUUGCCGGAAGCAUUCCAGAGUGAAUUACAAACAAAAGGUAAAAAUAAUCAUUUAUUCAUGCGCCCGGGUUUGUCGGUGUUAUCGGCUUUUUUAUUCUUCGUGAUCAUCGAAAAAUUCGUCACCACUAUAAACGAGGAAGCAGCAAUCAUUCCAGAGCAGACUGAUGAAACUCCAAUUAAUGAUGCAAGUAAAGAAAAAGAGAUGGAUAAUAAUAAUUGUAUUACGCUAAACACGGAGAAGAACGGUUUCGCAAAAGAAUGCUUCAAAAAUUCGACCGAGGUACAAUCUUUCCUGGAGAAACAAUACGGCAAGAAUAGACAAACUCCAAACCAUGUCAAAGAUCUGCGAAAGAAUGGUUUUAAAAACACUGACAUUAUGAAAUCCGCAUUGUCAAACGGAUGUCCUAAUGAUGGCCCAUUGGUUGAUGAAGCGAAGUGUUGCUUGAAGAAACUUGCGAAGAGCAACGGUUUCACAUCGACAAUCUCACGCGCUAAUCCUCCACACGUAAUCCCAUCAAAUAAUAUGCGUUUGAUAGCGUGGGCAAAAAAACUCACAUCAAAUUUAUUCCGUAAAUUGUUCAAUCCUAAAGCCUUUCCUGGAUACCUCAAUCUUUUGAUGAAUUUCCUCGAUAAUUUUACUCACGGUUUAUCUGUGGGUGGAUCGUUCCUUAUUUCCUUCCGCGUGGGUGUCCUCAGCACGUUCACUAUUUUGGUGCACGAAAUACCUCACGAGGUUGGCGAUUUCGCUAUUUUAUUACGAAGCGGAUUUAGCAGAUGGGAUGCUGCGCGGGCGCAGUUAAUCACGGCCAGUGGUGGAAUCGUUGGUGCUUUAGCUGCCGUCUCUUUUUCUGGUAGUUUAGAAGAAAGAACCAGUUGGAUAUUGCCAUUGACUGCAGGAGGAUUUAUACAUAUUGGUUUGGUAACUAUCUUGCCCGAUCUAUUAAAAGAAACAAAUACAAAAGAGUCAUUAAAGCAAUUCGGUGCUCUACUUUUUGGGGUUAUUAUUAUGGCCGCGCUGAUGUUUGUUUAAGUGAAAUAUAGAGAAGUCGAAUAAUUUCAUUAGAGGAUUAGUAAAAAGAAUUUCUAUUAUGUUAGUAAACUGACAAUGAGUGCAAUUUUACCGGACCUAUAUGUUUCGGUAUAUAUCAUCAGUACAGUACUCCAAAGUUGCCAUAAAAUUACUUAUUGCUCAACGGAGAUGGAAUAUUCGAGGAAGGAAAACUAGCGGCGAUAAACGACUGACCAAACUCAUGUAUGAUAGAUAAUCGACUUAGCCUAGUUUAUAAUAUUUUGUAUCGGAAAUGUUUUAUCCAACACACUAAAAUAUUUAUUAUAAAUUCUAAAAUUAUCGUUAGUUUUCCGCUCUUGUAUAAUCUUUAGAAAUAAUGAGAUUAUAUUCAUAGCUUGAAUCUUCUGGUUUACCGAAAACCUUAAAUCCAAAGUAAUAAUGAUCCAAGAUGCGUUCUUGCAAUAAAUAACAGAGAUAUAAAGAGUAUAAUUUGUAUAUUUUAUUACAAUUAGAUUACUUCAAUGUUAUCAUUAAUGACAAGAUAAUUCGAAAAAUUGUUAUAAACCCCUCACUGUUAUAAUUUAUGAAUUAAUAUGUAUGUUCUGUCAUAAGCUAAAACAGUAUCGAUAUCUUCCAGCAUGUCAUAAUGUGAUGGAUUAUUUUUUCUGGUAACAAGAUACUGUAAUACUAAUAUAAAAAUUAAAUCUAAAGCCAGUAUUGACAUAUAAUCAUCAUGGUUUGAAUAAAUUUGAGAGUUAAUUAUAUAAUGUUUAUACUAUUGGUUUGUAUAAAGAUAUACGAGAAUUGCAAUGAAAAUCCUCAAUGGAUAUGUUAUAUACAUGCAUUUAUAGCACAGAUACGAACACAUUAAAAAUAUACUAGCAAAUACAUGUAUAUAUUCAGUUCCUAAAGUUAAUUAUAAGUAAUACAUAAUUAGAUCAGCUCUUUUUAAGAAAUAUUCACAUAAUAAAAGAAAAAAAAAAGUAUUCCAUGUGUUGCACAGAAUUGAGAAAUAAAAAUUGUGCGCAUUCUGAGUUUAUAAUUAAAUAAAUUUGGAUAAAACAUGAAAUAACAUUUGCAUACAAAUUUUGUAAAAAAUCCAGAUUUAGAUAGAGCAUAUUUGAUAAAACUUCAUAAGAUUGCGCAUAGAAAUAGAUUACAUUUUAAUAGACCUUAUAAUAUCUAAUGAGUAAAGUGAAUUGAUUACACACA